GUGAAACUCUGGAAUGAACRUGUUUUGAGCCUCCACAGUCUUUGAAUACGAAGACAAUAUAUAUCGCUAUGUGUAUGAAGAAUAUAGCAGGUCAUAUUAGAUAUUUUGUAUUAUUGAUUUUAUUGAUUUUGUGCGCUGCUCAUGAGAAUCAUGACGAGACGGGYCAAGAUAGCGAGGAUUAUCACGCGAAGAGCUCCAACGAAAGGAAUCACUUGCUUGCUCAUAUAGCAGACCGCAUGGAUUUAGACGGUGAAGGAUUGAGACAUAUACAAAAACACUUAAAAGACGUCGCUGGCAACUACAGUUCUAGUGACGUAGAAGAUAUCGAAAAAGGAGACAACCAAAAAGGAAUGUUUUACUUCUUCAAACUACACGAUUAUGAUAACAACAAUAAAUUAGAUGGACUAGAGUUGAUGAGUGCACUAUCUGACUUCCAUCAUGAAGACACGGUGAAAGACGAGAAAGAAGGAGGAGAGAAAUUCCUUGAGGACGAGGUCGUGAAAAUAGCAGACGAAUUACUUGAGAAACAUGAUUUAGAUCGAGAUGGAAUGAUCGAUUACGCUGAGAUGAUGAACACUGAGAUUAAUUCUUUGAUGACAGAACUUGAUAAAAACGACGAGCUAUCGAAACAACAGCAACAUCAACAACAACAAGAGCAGCAGAAGCAACAAUAACAAUUACAACAACAGCAUAGAAGCCACAAUAAC